UUUGGCUGCCACUGCGCCGUUCCCCUGUUUCCCCACGGGACAUCGACCUCAACAUCCAUACCGCCAUGGCGCUCAGGAGCAUCGUGCUCGUCGCCUCUGCAGCGUUGGCUGCAGCCCAGUCUUCUUCUUCCGAGCCUUGCGCAAUCGUUGCCGCCCAGCUUGAGGAAUCCGCCGCCCAGCUUGAGGGGCCCACUACUGUCAAUGCACUAGCCGCCUACGAGUGUCUCGAGUCUGUGCCCGUUGACGUUCAGGGCAACGGCCAACUCAUCGACGAACUAAAGAAGAUCUGGCAGUUCCAGUCGGAGCUCCAAUGGCUCAAGAACCCCGGUAAGCACUGGGAGUUUGGGCCAUUGGAUAUCGAGGCCGAACUGGACAACGUUAAAAAGAACCUCGCCUCCUAUUCUUCAGAGUAUGCUGCUCAACUCGCCAUCCAAAACAUCACCAUUCGGACGGGCAACUUCCAUUUCAACUACGUGCCCGAUAUACUACAGGUGUUCCAAUUCGGCCGCUUGUUCAAUGUGGCAUCAAUCUCCCAGAACGGCACAGCACUCCCCAAACUGUACGUUGCCGACGACGUCUCUGGGCUGGCCGAAGGCAACUCGGAAAUCUCUGAGAUUGCCAAGAUCAACGGCCAAGACCCUUAUGACUUCCUCCUGUCUGUGUCAUGGGGGCAGUACAUUGACUCAGACGGCCUGUUAAACAACAUGUUGGCCAAGGGAGACACGGACAACGUUGGUGCUUUCAUGAUUCAGGGUAAAUAUGAUGGCAACAGCACAGAUGUUACUUGGGCGAAUGGGUCAGCGGCUUCUGUUCCCAACGUUGCUCGUACAAAGCUCUCUUUCUCUGGCAUCACGGAUGGAAAAUCCUUCUUCAACGCAUUCUGCACAGGUCGCGUGAGUGGCGCUUCCGCGGUCACCAAGGCCGGUCCAGUUUCACUCGACACAGCUCGCCCGAAUUCUAAUCCAUCUGGGCUCGCGAGCAUCAGCCAUAUUAUCUCUCCCAGCGCCCCAGGCCCUGUUCCCCGUAUCCCUACCGACACUUACCACCGCCGCAGCAAGCGUCAGGAUUUCGAACACUAUGAUGUAGUUGCUGUCGACAAAGCUUCCAGCGGAGUCGUGGCAGGGUACUUUCUCAGCGGAAGUGGCUACGAUGAUAUCGCCGUUCUCAAGAUCAUCUCGUUUAGUAACCCUAGCCAAAGUAUGUCGGAAGAAGAUUUCAACAACGAUUUCCAAGCCACCGUCAAAUCAUUCCUCGCCCAAUGCGUGGACAAGAAGAAGCAGAAGCUUAUCAUUGACUUGCGCGAAAACGGCGGUGGUAACACCAAUCUGCUCUUGGACGCCUUUAUGCAGCUCUUCCCUGAAAUGGAGCCCUUUUCUGGCCAGAGAUACCGGGCCACUGAUGCCUUCCUCAAGAUCGGCGACGCUGUUAAUGAGAUCAGGGGUAAUGCGGCCAAGGAGAGCAAGUACCAGAGUUUUAUGGAAGAAGAUUUUGAGGAAAACUUCACAUUUAGGUACUGGUCGUGGUGGCACUUCCUCAACAGUGAGGGCGCGGAUUUCAAGGGGUGGGAUGACUUUAACGGGCCGGUGGACCUGAAUGGCGACAGCUACACUGCUACCAUGAGAUACAACUACUCAGACCAAGUCUCUAUUCUGCCAGAUGGCUUCAGAUUUGUAAAUGGCACGCGACCAACGCCCUUCAACGCAUCCAACAUUGUCAUGUUCACCGACGCCCUCUGUGGUUCCUCGUGCGCCUCUUUCCAUGAGGAGCUCAAGAACAUUGCAGGCGUCAAGGCCGUCACGGUCGGUGGCCGCCCCCAAAACAAGCCCAUCCAGACCGUCACCGGCAGCAAGGGUGGCGAAGUCACUCCUCUGCACUACUGGAGCCUCUUUUCCCAGGCGGCGCUUAACCUGAGCAGCGUGGCCGGUCUAUCUGCCUUUUCCGCCUCAGACCCCGUGCUCCAGGGCGUCGCCAACGUCCCGCAGAUGCUCACGCGCGCAGGCGACGCCGCGUCACGGCUGCAGUCCCAGGACCAGAUCCGCAAGGGCGACGCCUCUGGCACUCCGCUGCAGUACGUCUACGAAGCCAGCGACUGCAGGAUUUUCUACACGGCAGAGACAUGGGCGGAUCCUGUUGCGGCGUGGAAACAGGCCUGGAAUGCCUUCCAGGACCAGGGUAAGUGUGUCGAGGGCAGCACGGGACACAAGAGUUCGCUGUCGGGUGGAUACAAGGCGUAUGGACCGGGCGAGCUCAAGGCCGAGGACCAGCCAAAGGGAAGUGGAGGAGGUGGUGGUGGAAAUGGUGGCGGUAAAGGCGACGACAGCAAGUCUGGUGCGGCGAAGAGUCUGAGCAUUAGCAGCGCGGCACUCAGCAUUGCUGCUGUUCUUGCCGCCAGCAUGAUGCUGUAAAUGGCGUGAGAAUCACUUUGGCUGUUUAGAGUCUUACUCACGACGAGCAACGCUACUGUUUGCUUCUUUUUUUUCUACUUCUAGUAUUAUUAUUAUUUUCCCUCGGUGUAUUACAAGAGUACCGAUACCACCCUGUUAUGCAUUCUACGGCGUUUAC